AAAGCCCCUAUGAUGAUUCCGGAUGCAGUUCGAUGUAACCCGGAAGUGCGUGCUUGUUAUUGUUUUGAAUGAAGCGAGUAGUAUGAGCAUAUGGAUCCGAGGAUAACCGUGUUUUAGAGCACCACCAUCCUCAUGAUGAACUUUGAGGGUCUGGACCCAGGUUUGGGCGAGUACACGCCCGGCCUGCAUGGCGGCCUGGAGCCCGGACUGGACUCUUCAAUGGACCCACGGCUUGACCCUGCGCUGCUGCAGGGUGUGGAGCUCGACCCCGACGCGCUGGCUGUUCCCGUGUCCGAAUCCAUGCACAUAGUGGAGGGCAUGUACUCGGAGCUGCACAGUGUGGCUGCUGAAGUUGGGAUCCCUGUGGCGGCAACACAUUUCGAUCUGCAGGAGGAGCUGCUGUGGAUGGGGAACCACCGGGGACAUGCAAGUUCCUUCUUUGGUCCGACAAUGGGCCGCUACUCCUCUUUCCAGGUGCACAUGACCGAUGAUAUUCGCCACAUCCAGAGUAUGGACACAGGGGUGCUGUUUCUGACCAAAAACAACCUCAAAUGCAUUACGCGAGGAGGUUUAAUUAUGUUUGAUUAUACAACGGAGGAGGGUGCUGACAUGCACAGUUUGAUUCUGACUGAUAAUAACACAUUGUUAAUGGGGGGUCUGCAGAACUAUGUGGCCGAAUUGGACCUCACAACAGUACAGGAAACACAAAAAUUUACUGUUGAGGUGCCUGGAGUCGCCAUUAUGAGACAGUCCAAUCGCUUCUUCUUUUGUGGUCACACAUCUGGCAAGGUGUCUCUGCGUGAUGUCCGCACAUUUAAAAUGGAGCACGAGUUUGACGCGUUCUCUGGCAGCCUGUCUGAUUUCGACGUACACGGUAACCUGUUGGCAGCGUGUGGCUUCUCGAGCCGUGGCCUGAAUGGACUGUCAUGUGACCGGUUUCUCAUGGUGUACGACCUGCGCAUGAUGAGGGCCAUCACCCCACUGCAGGUUCACGUGGAUCCCCUUUUCCUCCGCUUCAUCCCCACAUACACCUCCCGCCUGGCUAUCAUUUCACAAACAGGUCAGUGUCAGUUCUGUGAGCCCACCGGCCUGGCCAAUCUGGCUGAUAUCUUCCACGUCAACACGGUGGGGCAGCUGCUGAUGAGCUUUGAUGUGUCCUCCAGCAAACAGGCGCUCUCCUUUGGGGACUCUGGUGGCUGUGUGCACCUGUGGUCCAGCGCCCCAGAGGUGUCCUUUAACAGUUACUCCAGGGAGACAGAGUUAGCUCUACCCUGUCUGGUGGACUCCCUGCCCCAGCUGGACUGGAACCAUGAGCUCAUGCCUCUGUCUCUUCUGCCCAUGCCCCUCACCAGUACCGAGCCCCUGCUCUCUGAUUGGCCCACCGCUCUCAUCAUGCCCAGCCCCAGACGAGCCCCUCCGGUAGAUCCAGAGAUUCUUAGGACUAUGAAAACUGUGGGCUUUAUUGGAUACGCCCCCAAUCCUAGAACCCGUCCCAGAAACCAGGUUCCUUAUAAGAUUAAAGACACAGAACUUGAAUAUGACAGCUAUAAUCAGGUCCCGGAAUCUCCUAUUGGUCGAGAUGAGGAGCCGCAUCUUUACAUGGUUCCAAAGAAAUACAGGAAGGUCACCAUUAAAUAUUCCAAACUGGGACUGGAGGACUUUGAUUUUAAGCACUAUAACCGGACUUUGUUUGCUGGUUUGGAGCCUCACAUACCCAACGCUUACUGCAACUGCAUGAUCCAGGUGCUGUACUUCCUGGAGCCAGUCAGGUGCCUGGUUCAGAAUCAUUUGUGUCAGAAGGAGUUCUGUCUGGCCUGUGAGCUGGGAUUCCUUUUUCACAUGCUGGACUUGAGCAGAGGAGACCCCUGCCAGGCCAGUAAUUUUCUCCGGGCUUUCCGGACAAUCCCGGAGGCAUCGGCGUUAGGUUUGAUCCUGGCUGACUCUGAUGAGCAGACAGGGAAAGCCCGUCUAGGCCGUCUCAUCCAAAGCUGGAACCGUUUCAUUCUUGCACAGCUGCAUCAGGAAACACUGGAGCAGGAAGGGCCGCAGGCAUACAGAGGAGCCAGCAGCAGCAGCACGAUGGGUUCCUCGGGGGAGUCUGUGAUUGGCCGGUUGUUUGGCUGUGAAGUGGAGAACAGCAGUUUGUGUCGCUGUGGAAAGGAGACAGUUCGCUCGUCCUUGACUCUGCUGUUUACCAUGCACUACCCUGAGCAGAGCUCUCUAGAUAAGACGAUAGAGGAAUAUGACUUUGCAGAAAUCCUGAAGAAGAGUAUAUGUCUGGAGCAAAGCACACAGGCCUGGUGUGACAACUGUGAGAAAUACCAGCCAACAGUGCAGACCAGGAACAUUCGCUGUCUGCCUGAUGUUCUGGUGAUCAACUGUGAGGUGAACAGCACUAAGGAGGCAGAGUUCUGGAAAGCACAGACUGAGUAUGCGUACAACAAAGCUUUAAAGAAAGAAGCAGCUGAACCUCCCAAACCCAAAGAGCCUUUACCGACAGAAUGGUGUUUAGAGGAAGAGCUGUGCAGCGUGGAGGGCUUGACCUUUGACACUCAAGCGGAGGACAUGAGGCAUGUGUGGAUCCCUCUCAGUCUGAAGAUGUGCAUCAGUAAGACUCAGGGCCUGGAGGUCAGCAGCCUGUCUGAGGGAGAGGAGCUGACUGAAAGUGAAGAGGCAGAAGGAGCAUCUGUCUAUGACCUGGUCGUCACCGUAUCUCAUAUCCAGGAUGCCCGAACCGGAGGAAACCUGGUAGCACAUAUCAAAGUGGGCGAGACCUACCAUCAAAGGAAAGAGGGAGUAACACACCAGCAGUGGUAUCUGUUCAACGAUUUUCUGAUUGAGCCUAUUGACAAGGCAGAAUCAGCUCAGUUUGAUGUGAACUGGAAGGUUCCUGCUGUACUUUACUACGUCAAGAGGAACUACCAUCCCAAGUAUGAUUUGCGAAUUAAGAACCCUAUUGAUGCCAGCGUUCUGCUGACGGAGGCCUCGUUGGCACGGAAACAGAGGAAGAGUCACGCCACCUUCAUACCUCUAAUGGUGAGCGAGAUGCCGCAGGCUGCAGACCUUGUUGGAUUGGAUGCAGAAUUUGUCACGCUCAACCAGGAAGAGGCAGAACUGCGCAGUGACGGGACCAAGUCCACCAUUAAGCCCAGCCAGAUGUCUGUUGCUCGUAUCACAUGCGUGAGAGGCCAGGGACCCAAUGAGGGAGUGCCGUUCAUUGAUGACUACAUAUCAACACAGGAACAGGUGGUGGACUACCUGACCCAGUACUCUGGUAUCAAACCUGGAGACCUGGAUGCAAAGAUUUCCUCUAAACACUUGACUACUCUGAAAUCUACAUAUCUGAAAUUGCGUUUUCUUAUCGACACUGGCGUUCGCUUUGUUGGCCACGGGUUACAGAAAGAUUUCCGGGUCAUAAACUUGAUGGUUCCAAAAGAACAAGUGAUUGACACCGUCUACCUCUUCCACAUGCCUAGGAAGCGAAUGAUCUCUCUACGUUUUCUCGCGUGGUGCUUUCUCGAUCUGAACAUUCAGAGCGAAACUCAUGAUAGUAUCGAAGAUGCACGGACUGCCCUACAGUUGUACAGGAAGUACUUGGAGCUGAGUCAUAAUGGAGGACAUGAAGAGUUCCGGAAGGUUCUCAAGACUCUCUAUGAGAAAGGACGCAAGCUAGAUUGGAAAGUUCCGGACAUUGACUCUGCAGAUGGUCAAGGUAGCCCAAAAAGUACAGCGGUGUUUCCCUCUGUGAUGGGGUUAUGAUUAGACCCGUGUUGGUUAUAUUCCUGCCAAACGGAUGCCAGCUCAGCAGUCAUUCCUUGUACAGCCUUUCAGUUCUCCUCUAACAGCUCUUGAGCUCAUUACCAAUAGAUGGCAAAUCUGAAAUAAGGCUUGUUAUACUGUGUUAGAAAUGUCUGUUUUGUUAUGAAAAAACUGUUGGAAUCAAAGGAAAUGUUAAAACAUUUCAUCAUGUCAGGGUUUUCUCCACUGCUUUGUGUAGCCUGUAAGUGGUAUUAAGAAGAAUAUGCAUAAGGAACAGGAAAAAAAAAAAAUGUUUUCAGGACUGAGACCCGAUUCAAAACUCAUUAACUAAGUGUUUGUUUGCUCGUGUUUGACUCCACGGUGGCUUUUUCACCAAGGUAUUUAUAUUGUGUCAAAAACUGCACUUAUACAGAAUAUGAAUUACUGCACAAAGAAUAUGAAUUAAGCGGUCAAUGGAUUUACGGUGUUAUUUUCUAUAUUGUAACUAUGAUGUACACUUUCAUAAUGUGGCAGCUGAAUAAAGACCUUUGGAUAAA